GAGAUUGCUAUAAAAAAUGCUAUGUACAAGGAUCGGUGGGCAAUCAGCGACUAGCUCACUGACUGUCUCAGCUUUGAUUUGCAAAUUAAAGUUUAACACUUCUUGAAGAAUCUUCUGCAUCUCCUGGUCGUUUGUGGAGCACUAGAAACCACGACAAAAUUGGCGACUGCGGCAGGACCAGAAAGAGACCCACAGAAAGGAAACGGCAGAUUGGGAACGCUUCCCAGUCCUCUAGGGACCCCCACAAGGCUGACAGAAUUAAGGGUGCACCCAAACAAAAGUUCGCAUCCAGACGACGUUUGAAUCCGAAGAAUGGCGUCUCCGCUGUAGCUGGGGCGGACGGUGGAGACAGCGCCUGACGAGGGGAGUGCGGACUUGCUCUGACCAGGGGCAUACCAGGUGUCCCAGAUGGUGCUGGUGUGUGAAACGAAGCUAAGGAAGCCCCUGGGCCACGUCCUGGAGCGGUUCUGCCCACAGCACGUGUUGCGGGAGCUGCUGCCUGAGGUGCCCAGCACUCUGCGAGACUCCGACGUCCCUGAGCUCUUCCGCGAGCCCUUCAUCUGCAGCGGCUACCGGCCGGUGGGCCGGGCCUGGAAGUACUACGCGCUGAGCCUCUUCCUGUGUCACAAUGAGGCACUGAAUGUGUGGACGCACCUGCUGGCCAUCCUGGUGCUGCUAGCCCGCUUCUGUGCCUUCCUGUGCACGGCCGCGCCCCUGCCCGCCCUCUACGGACUGCCGCUCCACUGCUUUGCGGGGGCCUGUCUCAUCUACCUGUCGUGCAGUGUGCUGGCCCAUCUCUUCCAGUCCAAGUCUGAGCUGGCUCACUAUUCCUUCUACUUCCUCGACUACGUGGGGGUGGGUGCCUACCAAUAUGGCAGUGCGCUGGCACAUUACUACUACUGUGCCGAGCUGGACUGGUUGCGUGUGAUGAGGCCCUUCUUCCUCCCCGCCGCCGCCCUGCUGGGCUGGCUCUCCUGUCUUGGCUGCUGCCUCUCCAAGAUGCAUUUCAGGCGGCCGUACCCCACCCGCCGUAAGUUGUGCCAACUGGUGCCGGCCUGUCUGGCGUACAUGCUUGACAUCAGCCCCGUGGUUCACCGUCUGGCCGGAUGCUGGGCGGCUGGCUGUGCAGACCCGGCGGCCGUUUACCACGGCCUGCAGAUCGCCCUUUUCCUGGUGGCCUCGGCCUUCUUCUCCUGCCCGGUGCCUGAGAGGUACUUCCCGGGCAGCUGUGACAUCGUAGGGCACGCCCACCAGAUCUUCCACACCUUCCUGGCCCUGUGCACGCUGGCCCAGAUGGAGGCCGUGCUACUCGACUACUGGGGCCGCCGCGACGUGUUUGCUGCCCGCGGAGACCACGACUCCAUCUACGUCGCCUGCGGCCUCUUCGGCCUUUUGCUCCUUGGGUGCGGCUGUUCGGUGCUCUACCUGCGCCACGUCCUGCAGCGACGGCUGAGGAAGAGAAGUGACUGAGGGCAGGUCCUGGCGG